CGCCUCUCUCUGGUACAAGUGCGCAUGUUCCCACCGCUGAUGACGGAAGUAGGUGUUGUGUCUGUUGCCACGUCACUGAGGUCAAACGGGAGGAAAGAUGGCGAGCACCUAUGAGAGUUUCAACUUACGGACCACACCAGAGAAGUUUUACAUAGAGGCCUGUGAUGAUGGCUCUGAGGAUGUCCUGGCUAUUGACAGAGUGUCAACUGAGAUGGCUCUCACAGUGAGAAGAAACGUCCCUGCAUCUGCUGAAACAAGGCCAAUAUGUGGACUGAUGGGGACUAUACGUUUGGUGGCAGGCAUGUACCUGGUUAUCAUCACAAAGAAGAAGAAGGUUGGAGAUUUGCUGGGUCAUGCUGUGUGGAAGGCUCUGGACUUUGACAUCAUCUCAUAUAAGAAGACAGUACUACACCUGACAGACAACCAGAUGCAAGACAAUAAGACUUUCCUGUCCAUGAUCAACAAUGUUCUUCAUACAGAUGGCUUCUACUUUGCAACAGACUACGACUUGACCCACACUCUGCAACGCCUGGCCAACACCAGCCCUGAGUUUCAGGAGAUGAGCCUUCUGGAGAGGGCCGAUCAACGUUUUGUCUGGAAUGGCCACCUGCUGAGGGAAUUCCUUGCACAGCCGGAGUUACACAAAUUUGUGUUUCCUGUGGUUCAUGGCUUCAUCACCAUGAAGUCAAGCUGCAUCAAUGGAAAGGUGUUCGAGUGGAGUAUUAUCUCCAGGAGGAGUUGUUUCAGAGCCGGAGUCCGCUACUAUAUCCGAGGCAUUGAUUCAGAAGGCCAUGCUGCUAACUAUGUGGAAACGGAACAGAUAGUUCAGUACAGCAGUGCCAAGGCUUCAUUUGUUCAGACAAGAGGCUCCAUUCCAUUCUACUGGUCCCAAAGGCCCAAUCUUAAGUACAAGCCAAAACCACAGAUCAGCAAAACAGUCAACCACCUGGAUGGAUUCCAGAGACACUUUGACUCACAAAUUAUUCUCUAUGGAAGACAAACCAUUUUGAACUUGAUCAACCAAAAGGGUUCAGAGAAGCCUCUGGAACAGGCAUUUGACAAGAUGGUGACCAGCUUGGGUAAUGGCAUGAUCAAGUACAUCGCCUUUGACUUCCACAAAGAGUGCAGUCGGAUGAGGUGGCACCGUCUGCAGAUCUUAUUGGACAUGGUUGCUGAAAUGCAGGAUGAAUUUGGAUAUUUCCUGGUGGAUGCAGAUGGGAAGGUGCUGUUGAACCAGGAGGGGACAUUUCGGAGCAAUUGCAUGGACUGUCUGGACCGUACCAAUGUGAUCCAGAACCUGUUGGCCCGGCGUUCCCUGCAGUCCCAGUUACGGAGAAUGGGAGUCCUUCACAUAGGCCAGCAGACUGAAGAGGAGGCGGACUUUGAGAAGACAUACAAGAACGCUUGGGCAGACAAUGCUGAUGCCUGUGCCAAGCAGUAUGCUGGUACUGGUGCUUUGAAGACUGACUUCACCAGAACAGGGAACAGAACUCAGUGGGGCCUGCUGAUGGAUGGCUGGAACUCAAUGAUCCGAUACUACAAAAACAACUUCUCUGAUGGUUUUAGACAGGACUCCAUCGAUCUGUUCCUGGGGAACUAUGCUGUGGAUGAAGCUGAUUGGACCACUCCACUGCGUGACCCCAAAGAUUGGAAGUUUCUGACGUUGCCUAUCAUCAUGGUGGUAGCAUUCUCCAUGUGUAUCAUCUGCCUGCUAAUGGCUGGUGACACAUGGGCUGAGACUCUGGCCUACGUUCUGUUCUGGGGAACAGCCAGUGUAGUGACGGGUGGCCUCAUCCUCUUUAAUGGACUGGACUUUGUAGAUGCGCCUAAGCUAGUCCAGAAGGAGAAGAUAGACUGAAUGUGUGUGUGUGGAAAGCAGCUUGGCCCUGGUGAGCUCACUGCCUCAUCCUCUAGCUCUUCAUCACUUUACCCCCAGCAUCAGCAUCAGCACGCCUGGAGCCUUUACUAACAGAGGGUGGAGUAGAGGAAGGUGGUGGACACCGGUGCCAGCCUCAUGUACUACAACUACAGAGAUAGAGACUGGGGGUGCAUGGGGCUGCUGCUGUCCACACCACAGCGACUGACAUGUGGACAGAACUGUCUGUCCACAGCUUUUACAGGACACUGGACCUCUGGUGUUUGUUCAGACUGGAUGUCACUGGUCCAGAUAAAUGCUACAGGAGAUUGCAGUUUGUCACACUGCAUUCCUCUGAUGGAUGAUUCAGAACAGCUGUAAAUGAAUUAUUGUAUGUACUGUAAAUUUGCCUGUUGCCUUCUUCUUUUUGCCGUUGCCAGUCUAUGUUCACUGAUGUACAGAUGCUCCGUCACAGGUAAAAUACUGCCUGUUUCAAAGCCUGAGACUACAAACCGGUCUGUUCUAAAGACUCUAAGAAACCCAGCCUUCUGUUGCAAAAAAUGACACAGCCAGCGCAUCACAUGAAGUCCUCCGUAUCUUAAAUAUCUAUUAGCAACUUGUGGAAUGGUGCAUUUGUGCAGUUGUUAUCACUUAAUACAGUCAGGAAAUAUAUCGGGUAUAUAUUGAACAUGUUUUUGUGUUUAAUCACUGGUAGUUAUCAGUACACAGUAAAGAUCCCCUGCAGAAGACUGUCAGGUUACUUACCUAUAACCUGAUAAGGUUAUUAAUCAUGUGUUUAAGUGUAUCAUUACAACUUACUGUAAAUGUAGGUGUCAUGGAACGCAUCACCUAUUUAUUUACUACAAAAGUGUGUGCAGAAAUGAAGCAUCUGAUUUUUGAGCACGAAAGAGGAGAAUCAUUAAAUCUGCUGUUUAGUGUUGACAAUAAGAAGGAGGCUCAAAGACACUGUUUUAAUAUGCAGCAGCAGGAACUGAAGUUAGAGGGUUGUUUCAGUUAUUGAGGGGUAUCCACAGCAGUCAGAGCAUUAUCAUCAUCUUCAUCUUCACAUUCACAAAACACAUGAACUAACAGACUUUAUUCACCAGUCCACCUACAAAUGUUGAUCAAUCGGCAACAAAUUGGUCUGGAAGCAUAUCUGGAAUCCAGAGAAAAGUCUGAUUUCUGAUUUGGUUUUGAGUUCAGUUUAUAUAAAUGCUCCUUCCUACCAGCAAGUUGGACAGUGGCAUCAAAGACUAGAAAAGUUUCAAAAAGCUUUGCUGUCAUUUAAUCAGUCACAUGAUGGCAUCUUAAGAGUGUCCUAGAGAGGCUUUGUGAAGUUAAGAUGGUUCACCACUCUAAAAGAGAAAAUAGAAAAUAGUAACCAUGCGGUUUGUUAUCAGUGCACAGUUCAAAAGCAAGCAUCCAUGAUGGUGUGAUGGGUGCAUUAGUGCACAUAGCAUGGUGGUUUGUUUGGAUUAAUGCUCAAGGAUAUACAGGAUUUGGAGCAACAUGUUGCCAAGUAGACAUGUUUUUUUGUUUUUUUUAUGGGCAGCCUUGCUGAUUCAGAAAACAAUGUCAGACCACAUUCUGCAUGUAUUCAAAAAGCAUGACUCUGUAAUUAAAAUAAUUCAGGUGCUAAACUGAGCUGCCUGCAGUCCAGACUUGCCACCUAUUCAAAAUGUUUGGCACAUAAUAAAAUAUCUGAUAUGAAAAGAGACCUGGGCAGCAUCAAGCAGGAAUGGAAAAACAUUCCACUUUCAGAUUACACAGACACUUACAUGGUGUUAAAAGAAGAAGUGGUGAACACAGUGGUAAACAUUACCCUGUCCCAACUUUUCUCAAACGUGCCACUGCCAUCAAAUUCAUAAUGGGCAUAUUUUCAAUUAAAUGGGUUUGCACAUCAUUUACAUUUGAUGUAAACUUCUCUGGAAAUGAGGAUUGAAAUAAAUUCGAGCAGUAAAGGUG